AAGACAGGCCAUAAAUUUGUACUGCCAUUUUACCCUGGUUGUCAAUUCAAUUGUCUUUAAAAUUAAGAGCCCUGAUUUACAAAUUACAAUCCUCAAUCCUGAUUUUCAUCGAAUCAUCUGAAGUUGUAUUGGGGAGAAGCUCAAUCUGAUGCUUUUUGGGAGGGAACAAAUGGGGCUUCUCAGCAUCAUUCGAAAAAUUAAAAGGAAGGAAAAAGAAAUUCGUAUACUCAUGGUUGGGCUUGACAAUUCUGGCAAGACUACCAUUGUUCUCAGGAUUAAUGGAGAGGACACCAGCGUUGUCAGUCCCACACUCGGCUUCAACAUCAAGACCAUCACUUACCAAAAGUAUACCCUUAAUAUAUGGGAUGUUGGGGGACAGAAAACAAUAAGAUCUUACUGGAGAAACUAUUUUGAGCAAACUGAUGGUCUGGUAUGGGUAGUUGACAGUUCAGAUCUUAGAAGGUUGGAUGACUGCAAAAUGGAACUUGAUAAUCUUUUGAAGGAAGAGAGGCUAUCUGGAUCAUCCUUAUUGAUACUAGCAAAUAAACAGGACAUAAAAGGUGUUCUUACUCCAGAAGAAAUUGCUAAGGUUUUGAACUUGGAGGCGAUGGAUAAAACUCGGCAUUGGGAAAUUGUUGGCUGCAGUGCAUACACGGGAGAUGGACUGCUUGAGGGAUUUGAUUGGUUGGUCCAAGAUAUUGCCUCUCGGAUCUAUGUGUUGGACUAAUGCCUAUCUUGAGUAUUUUAUUUUUGGUUGUGUUUUGAGUGAUUUUUCAUUGAGGUGGACAGUUAUCUUGGUAUUUAUGGAAAGCUGAAUGGAACUUUCAGAGUUUGAAGCAAACUUUGCUGUUAAAAGUGAGGGAAAAUGCAUCGUUGUAGUUGUAGCCUUGUGUAGAUAAUCAAAUAUUUUAAAAAUACACUAGCA